AGGCUAUCGUGGCCAAGAAGCGCCUGGAGAAGAGCGGGCUCUCGCGCGAGUGGAGGUUCGUGAGGGACAAGAUCAGGUCGUACCUGAUUGGCAAGAGGCUGCCAGACGCCGUGGCGAUGAUAUCGGCGAACACCUUGAACGACUUGGGCAUGCCAUCGAACGAGUACGGAUUGAAGAUUGAGUACAAUGUGGUUGCAGACCACCCUGCGGACAACAUCAGCGUGAACACAUUCCUGGAGCCGUUCAUCAUCAGGAAGCCGCAGGACGUGGAUAAGGCCUCCAGGGACAUCUUCCAGCAGACGUUCGCGAACAUGUACGAGGAGCAGGACAAGCCCAUGGCGGCCAAAAUGACAGAGGUGAGAGACUACAUGCGGAAGAAUGACUUGGGAUCGGCUUGGGGGACCCUGGACUACACGCCGAGUUUCUGCUUCAAGCUCGACGGCGAAGAUGGCGAUGUUUCGACUGAACCACUGGGCGGGCUCCGCAUGGCCGUAUAUGGGCGCAGCACUGGGGAGUGGAAGACUGAAAAGACCACGCUGCCAUGGUCUCAGUGCCCGAUCUUCGUCCAGCAGUUCAGUGGUCUCUCGAUGGUGGUGGUCGUAGAUCCUGAGUGGGUCUCAAAAAAUCUUGAUUUCAACGGGCUGCUGGAGAACGCCGAGUCUGGGGCGCUCUACAAGCAUCGGUCGUGCUUGCUCGAGGCGGGCAGCGCUGUGUACGUGCCGAUGGGUUACGUGCCGUUCUUGAUCCCCAUCGCGGCCAGCAUCGACUGGAAGAGCAAGAAGCCCAACCUCAAGGAGUCCAAGCGCGGCGCCGAGGUGAAGCACCUGGCCAGCUACGGCAUCAGCUACUUCUUGGAGGACCGCGUCCGCGAGAAGUCGCCUGCGGGCGCUCUCGCAGCCGCGGCCGCCGCGUGGGUCGCGGCCAAGACGACGCAGCUCCCGAAGUCGUUCAAGGCCAACUCCGACAUGGACGCCUGGUUCGACGCCUGCGGCCAGGGUGCAGCUCGCGGCGACAUGGUCGACUAGGUUGGCCCCCGCUGAACAUGGGGGCGAUUCUUUUGCUUGGGAUGUGAGUACGUGUACUCGGAGUCCCGUGGGCCGCGCCGCCAGCGCGGCGAGGAUUCGCAUGGAUGUUGGAUCAUCC